GAAGUGCGGUGGCCCAGGGCAGGCUGGCUAGGCGGUGGGCUAGACAUGUCAGAGCACUGACAGUCAUCCGCAGGAGUUACCGAGUUACCCAAAAGUGUGUGAAAGCCUAGAGCAGCGUCCGUGGAAAGCGAUCCGACGCCAGGUUGCCCUUUAGAGACAGUUGGCAAACCAGCAAACGUUACGGAUCCCAGUCUUUUUGAUCUUUGCCAACAACUGGUUAGCUAGCGUUUAGCUGGCUAGCUGGUGAGCUCACGAAAAGUAACGUCAAAGCUUGUUUUAUACAGUCAUGUCUUCGGCCGGAGACUUCGGAAACCCCUUAAGGAAAUUUAAAUUAGUCUUUCUCGGGGAGCAGAGCGUGGGAAAGACUUCACUGAUUACCAGGUUCAUGUAUGACAGCUUUGACAACACCUAUCAGGCUACGAUAGGAAUCGAUUUCUUGUCGAAAACCAUGUACCUUGAAGACAGAACAAUCAGGUUGCAGCUGUGGGACACGGCGGGACAGGAGCGUUUCCGUAGCCUCAUCCCAAGUUACAUCCGAGACUCUGCUGCUGCCGUUGUAGUGUACGACAUCACAAACGUCAACUCCUUCCAGCAAACCACAAAAUGGAUUGACGAUGUUAGAACGGAGAGAGGAAGUGAUGUCAUCAUCAUGCUGGUGGGAAACAAGACAGACCUUGCAGACAAAAGGCAAGUAUCUAUUGAAGAGGGUGAGCGGAAAGCCAAAGAACUAAAUGUAAUGUUUAUUGAGACUAGCGCUAAAGCGGGCUACAAUGUGAAGCAGCUUUUCCGGCGUGUGGCAGCUGCCCUCCCUGGCAUGGACACCACUCAGGACAAGAGCAGAGAAGACAUGAUCGAUAUAAAACUGGAGAAGCCACCAGAACAGCCCGUCAGCGAAGGAGGCUGCUCCUGCUAAUGCCAGUCUCUGUCACUCAAUAUUUCUCUCUUUGGCUUACUUCUCAAACCCGGUCUUUUUUCUGUACUGUACCCUUCAGUAUGCCCAACUCUGCUCCCCCCAGCCUGAAAGAGAACACUACAUCCGUUUUCCUGCUGUUGUGGAAACCUGCUCUCUCAUUAGGAUGCCCUGAAAGUCAUAAUUCACUUCAGGAGAGUAUUUUCAUUUUAGUGCACAUACAUCGAUGUGACUCAUGAAUGACCACCCUCUGACAUUUGGCUGCACUGGGAAACGGUAUUCACAGCUUGAUCUCGGCCGCCUUUUACUGAGUUCUUGUUAUCAAUAUUUCAAAAAGGUGAAGAUGAUGAUGGAGGCAGGAGAACAGAGGAAAAUCUGAGUCACUGUGCUGCAUAUUGUGUCUGAAUAUGGUGUUUUGGGCCAAAAUAACAGCAAGAGAGUGAUAUCACUGUGAAUACCUGGGGCAGCAGAAGGUGUGGUUCAUGAACUCAAAUUGGUGUGUGCUGAGAAAAAAAAAGUGAAAAUGCUCUUCAGAAUAAGUUAAAUAUUGCUUCAAGCUUAAUGAGCACACUGUGGAUGUGAUGUGCAUUUGUUUUGCAGUCAGAGUGUAAUUUGUGCUGUUGCAGUGAAAUGGCAAGUAUCCAUUAAUGAAUGAUGUUAUUUUUCAGAAAAUGCACCCCCCCCCCCCCCCCCCCCCCCCCUUUUUUUUUUUUUUUUUUUUUGGUUUGGAAAUGUUUAUAAAGUUGUGCCGAAGCAAUUGAACAUACGGAAUUGAGUUCAAUGUUGAGUCAUUGGCUGUACGCCCACGAUUCAAGUGAAGUUUGAGGUGGCAGCUGAGAGCCUAUUUUAAACUGACUUCGAGCUGAGAGCUGCCUGUCUGCUAACAAGCUCCAGCAGCACAGCCAUAGUUCUCCCACCACCUACCAGCAUGAUAACAAUGAGUCAACAUACAGAAACCGCACCACCACACACCACUGCACGGUAACAGUGCCAGCACAACAACAUGACACCUACUACAAGGGCAACAAUAUCAUCAUACCAUCCACAUUGCCGUCCUUUCUUUUUUUUUCCUCUUCCCACACUUGUUCUGUUAAAGCCACCUUUACCUUGGCUGCCAUUUUCUAUUAUCUUUUUUUAGAUCCUUUUUUUUUUUUUUUUUUUUUCUAAAGACUAUAACUAUCAUAGAGGAAAAGAUAUUGCUUUGAUGAUUAGUGUUUGAGAAAAAUAUUUUCAUAUAAGAGUCAUAAUCAUUACAAAACCCACCCAUAAACAUUAGAUGUGGAGACAUGCCUUUUGACGUUUAAUUAUAGAGGGCUGCUUUGGCUUUGGGUUUAUCUAGUUUUGUUAUGUUUGGUGUGAAGUUUUAUGAACACUUCACACAUUUUGUUUUCUUUUGCUUUUGUCGUUUUUUGUUUUUGUUUGUUUUGGCUUUGAUCUUUUGUUAGUGAUUAUUCUACAUGUGUAUUUAAUCCACAAUGACUUGUAAUAUUUAUUUCUACUGGGUUCAUGUUUCCUUUUUUUAUGGCUGUUAAUAUUUUCACUUUGGGGGAUGAGUCCUACAUCGCUAAUAAAAUAUGCAUCCAUCUGGAACACCUUCAUAUAAUCAGACACCGAGGUGCUCGUCCUGUUUCCUCUCCCGCCUCUCAAUGCCGGUUUGAUUACACUGAUGAUACAGUGCAAUUUUUGUGUGUACUUAACAGAGGAAAGUCCAACAAUUUUUAUUGCUUCUAUGGUCCUUAAUGUUGUCUGGAAUGGUUUUAAAUGGAAGAAUAAAAGUACACUUGUCACUGCUGCUGGAAUUCAUCAGUGUCUUAUUGAUAGCUGUAAGAUAGCUCUGCAUUCACUGACUCAAAUGUCUUUUUUGAUGUCUGGAUUAUCAAUAAAUGAUAGACAAUGAAAGCUGCAA